AUGGAGGCCCUUAACUGGAUUGCUAGUGAGAUGGGAAGAAGAUUCUUUUCUUAUCUUCCCGAAUUUCUUUUGCUUCACUCUAAAGCAAAUUCCUGGUCCAGAAAUAGUUUUGAUCUUUUCAAUCCGUUCAUCCCAUCAUCUGUUAUCAAAGUCAGUUUUUACAAUUAUUUAUUUCUAUUGGUUCCUGAAUCUGGGUUGCUUCUUCCUUGCACAGGCCUGUGCUGUCUUGUUGAUUCAGGUGCACUUUUAUUUGUCAUGGAAGGUAAAAUCGUCAGGAGGGUCAUUCCUUCAGACAACAGUUGCCUCUUUAAUGCUGUUGGGUAUGUCAUGGACCAUGACAGACACAAAGCUCCUGUGUUGAGACAGGUUAUAGCUGCAACGGUUGCCAGCAAUCCAAUAAAGUAUUCUGAAGCAUUCCUUGGAAAGCCAAAUGGAAAAUAUUGUGCUUGGAUUCUUAACCCAGAGAAGUGGGGAGGUGCCAUCGAGCUUUCAAUAUUGGCAGAUUAUUAUGGUCGUGAAAUUGCAGCAUACGAUAUUCAAACCACAAGAUGUGAUUUGUAUGGACAGGGGAAGAACUAUCAGGAAAGAGUUAUGCUGAUUUAUGAUGGGCUCCACUAUGAUGCUUUGGCUAUAUCUCCCUCGGAAGGAGCUCCAGAAGAAUUUGAUCAGACAAUAUUUGCUGCAAAGGACAGGACCGUUGGGCCUGUUGAGAGGCUUGCUCUCAACCUUGUCAAGGAACAACAAAGGAAAAGGAGUUACACAGACACUGCCAACUUCAGUUUGCGAUGUGGGGUUUGCUACAUUGGAGUCAUUGGCCAGAAGGAGGCAAUGAAGCAUGCACAAGCGACAGGCCAUGUCAACUUUCAAGAAUAUAGAUAAGAGAAACCAAGAGAGAGGAGACAGAAAUCAAACCUAUUGGCUUUUGAUGUGCUACGUACCUAGAUUGUAUGGUUUAGGAAAUAAGUUUUUAUUAAUUUGUUGAAGUUCGACCAAUAAACUUAUCUAUUUUUUUUGGGUUAACUGUUGUGUAAUGUUGUAUUGUGUUGUACCAAAUGACCAGUUUACACCUGCCAUAAAUGAGAAACCAUGGUUCCUCUCUA